GAGUGUGAAAGAACCAAAAUCUGCCUAGGAGGGAAGCUGCUGUGGAUUGCUAUUAAAAUUUUUCUCUCCACCCAGUGUGAUUGCAUCAUGUGACUGCUCCAAGUUCUAAGGUUCCCUGCUGGAAGCUGAAAGUAACUGUUGGGUUUUAGGAUUCCCAAGCCAUGGGCCCCACUUCUCCGGUAGAUUUCAUCCUCCAGCCCCCAGUUUUCCACCCGGUGCUCCCAUACAUCACGACGAUCUUUGGUGGCUUGGCCCAUGGGAAGAUGGUUCUGGUGCAGGGCGUGGUCCUUGCAGAGGCCGAAAGGUUCCAGGUGGAUUUCCAGUGUGGCUGCAGUCUGAUGCCCCGGCCAGACAUUGCCAUCCACUUCAACCCCCGCUUCCGCUCCCGGCCUCAUGUAAUCUGCAACACCCUGCAGAAUGGACGCUGGCUGGAGGAGACCAAGUUCCCCCACCUCCCUCUCAAGAGGGGAGAGGCCUUCCAGCUGCUCUUCCUCUUUGGGCAGGAUGAGGUGCAGGUGAGCGUGAAUGGGCAGCACUUCCUCCAGUACCGCUCCCGCCUGCCCCUGGCCCGAGUGGACACCGUAGGGGUGUUUGGAGACAUCAUGGUGAAGAGCCUGGCCUUCCUGCGCAGCAAUCCCUUUGACGCCAGCCGAACUGAGUACCCUGUUGCUCAUCCAAUGCAGCUGAACAGCUCCAAGCUGGCUGUGCCGUACUGCCACCCGCUCCCCCAUGGACUUGCAUCAAGAGACACCAUUACAGUGAGAGGACUGGUUUGCCCAGUACCAGAGGGAUUCAGCCUCAGCCUGAGGGAAGACCCGUCCCAUGUGCCCCUAAGACUCAGCAGCUGCUUCAGAACCAGAGCCCUGACAUGGAGCUCCUUCCCAGAUGAGGCCCUGAGCCAUGCAGAGAAAGUGGCAGCCUGCUUCCCCUUUCAUCCCCAGCGCUUCUUUGAGUUGCUGCUUGUCUGUGAGGAGGGGAGUUUCAAACUGGCACUCAACGGGAUCCCCCUGGGACAGUAUGACACGCCUUGGGUCUCCUGGGACCGGAUCACACAGCUGUGGAUAGAGGGUGACGUCACACUCUACAGUGUCUUCUCCUGACCCCUUCACUGCCAGGAGUCUCAUGGGCUCUGCUCAGACUGCAUGGUCUGGACUGGGCCCUGUGUGUUUGAAGGAACUAUUGCAUGGGAUGGUGGGGCUGCCCCUGUCAGAUAAUCCAGUCUUCCUUCUGACUGAUUCUCCACUUACCUGAACCCCCAUGGACUGGGCUGGCUAGAAGAUUGCAGUGACUGCUAAGGAAUGGGCCUUUCCUUGCACAGGGUGGCAGAAGCAGGUAAGCAUGGGACGGUCCCAGUGCCCUCUGGGGUGGCACAAAAUGGUGACGGGACUCUUCCUUGCAUGGAGUGACCGGUUCCAGCACUGGGCAUGCACCGAGUGGUUCUAGUGGGACCAUCUGGUUCUCUCCAACUGCCAUAUGGUUUGCUCUAAAGGGCUUGGUUAUGUCCCUGGGCACCAGCUCUCCCUUGGAAUGUAUAUUUGCUCUCCAUCAAGGUUAGUUUGUUUGCUAUUUUAAUUGUAAUAAAGUCCCUUUUCUGCAA